CCAAAACAAUCCUGUUGGAACUUCUUGCGGAUUUCCUUCCGUAAUCUUCAGGAUGAGUAGCAGUUAUUACUUCGCGAUUGUUGGUCACAACGAUAAUCCAAUAUUUGAGACCGAGUUCGUCACAGCCAAUAAAGAAACAAAGAAAGAGGAUCAUCGCCACCUGAAUCAGUUCAUCGCACAUGCCGCACUCGAUCUGAUCGACGAGCACAAGUGGAAAACCAACAACACCUACCUGAAAUCGAUCGACAAGUUCAACCAAUGGUUUGUGUCCGGAUUCGUCACCGCCAGCCAUUUGCGGUUUGUGAUGGUACACGACAACCGGAACGACGAGGGCAUCAAGAACUUCUUCAAUGAAAUGUAUGAAACCUACAUAAAAUAUCUCAUGAAUCCGUUCUACACUCCAAACACGCCCAUCAAAUCGGUAGCGUUCGAGAAGAAGGCCCAACUGUACGGGAAAAAGUUUCUCGGAACGUAAGUCAGAGGUUUAGCUUAUAAUGAAGGCAUCCAAACUGUUCAUAAUAAAACUGAUAAUCGUUAUUGCAAUAUAGCU